AUGGCAACCCCAGACUUACUUCACAUGUCGAUAUACGACAUGCCGACCUCGCCUACCCUCUGGGACAAAGUCGGCAGGUUCUACAUAGGCUUCUGCUGCACGUGGACGCUCCUCGUGCUGUCCGGCAUGGCGUUCUGCCUCGUCCACCGCAACAACCCGGCCCUCAAGAUCCGCGGGCUGCCUCUCUCCUUUGGCUCCAUCAUCCUGCUUCACUCGUACUGGGUCCUGGCGCAGAUCACGUACCCCGUUGGCCGCUCGAUACCCGUCAUCCUGGCCUAUGACAUUCAGUACUUCUUCAUGGGCGUCUACUUCCCGCUGGGCAUUGCGCUCUUCCACGCCUCCAACCUCCGGUUUCUCCGCGUCGCCAGGCUGCAGAGGCAGUUUACACAUCUGCAAUCUGAGCAUCGCGUGGCGCCCAGGUGCAAUGGCGCCAAGACUUCCCUUCUUUGCCGUGUCCGGAAUAUGAACUACACCGCGCGGACUAUGCUGUUUAUAGGCAUCGCCAUGGUGGCACAGGUCCUUUUGACUGUUGGCAUGUGGUUUGCUUGCAAGAAGUACCACCCUACGUAUGGCCUGCCUGGGACGCAAAUCAAGGGCGAUACGCUGCCGGAGCAACUGGCUGACCUGGGCCGUGGGUGGGAAUGGUGGCCGUCUGUCCUCUGGCAGGUGGUUUGGACGUGGAUUGUCGCGCCGUACUUGAUUUGGCGCGCUUGGGGGAUUCGCGACACCAUGGGGUGGCGAACGCAGACUAUUGCUUGCUGUUUGGCAAAUCUUCACGCGACGCCCAUGUUCCUCAUCGCUUCUUACCUUCCGGCAUUUGAAAAAGUCAACGUCUACUUCGCGCCGAGUCAAUGGAUCCACCUCUCCAUUAUGAUUUUCGAAAUAUUCACCGUUUUCGUGCCCGUCUUCGAAGUCAUGUCCAUGUGGUUCAUGCAAAGGAGAGUCAACCAGAGCAACGCAAAAUGGGACACGGCAUCACAGUUCAGCAGCGCCUCACAAUCGUUCACAUUGAUGGGCAAGGUCUCAACACAAAGCCUGUACGAAAAGGGCAGGCCGCUGGACUAUCUCGACGAAGAGCUCGGGGACCGGCUCCUGACCAUGACGGCGCUCGACCACGUCCUCAAGGACAACCCCGGCCCCCUGCAGGAAUUCUCUGCCCUGAACGACUUCUCCGGCGAGAACGUGGCCUUUUUGACGCGCGUGGCGAAAUGGAAGACGUCGUGGCCCCUGAUGCCUGCCGGCGAGCAAAAGCUCGACGUCUACAACGAGGCCCUCGCCAUCUACACCGACUUCAUAAGCCCCCGCGACGCCGAAUUCCCGCUCAACUUGUCCUCGCGCGAGCUCAAAUACCUCGAGGACGUAUUCGAGAAGCCCGCCCGCAUCCUGUGCGGCGAGGCAUCUGCAAACCCCGCCACCCCUUUCGACAUCGAGGCGCCCAUGCCGCUGAACCGGGAGGUCUCGCACUCCGACAUGGCAACCCUCGCCAAGUACCGCGGCGAGAUACCCGCGGCUUUUACCCUCGGGGUGUUCGACAAUGUCCAGAGCCACAUCAAGUACCUCGUCUUGACCAACACGUGGCCCAAGUUUGUGUCCCAGAUGCAGUCGCGGAGGCGGUCGAGUGAAACGGGACGCAGCGUGAUUACCGACGCCUCGGGCCGCUCGCACGGCAGUCGGCUUUCUGCCCGUCUGGCCAAGUUGCUGCGCGACUUGGGCAUGUAA